UCUAGUGUGUUGACGUCUGUCGGCGACUAGACAAUCUAACCGUCGAACUUCAUGCGACAGGAGAAAAACAACGUCGAUGUUUUCUUUCGAUUUUAAGGAGAAAAAGAAAAAUUCGAUCUUUGGAUUUAAAAAACAAAAAAUAAAACUUGAACUGGAAAACAUUUUUGGCGAUUGAAGAACGCAGUUUUGAUGGCCGAUUCAUUCCGAAUGAAUCAACACUUUGAACACGUUUUCUAGUGCAUCGUGACGCUUCCUUCGUCUACCGAUCAACGAGUCGUCGUGUUACGGAACAUUAGCAAAGGACAACAUGUUGACAGUUUUGACCACCGCCGACCUUUAGGAAGGAAAGGGGAAAAAAAGAAAUUUCUGGAGAUACAAGUUCCGCCGAAAAUCACCGACGUGAACGGAAUAAAUAGUUGCUGUUGAAUUUGCGGUGCUGCAGCGCGCACUGAAAACUGGGCGGCGAAAAACAUGGCUCUGCUGACGCGUUUCAUCCGGCUUCCGGAUCGAGCCAACACGCACGUGUUUACGUUCGUCGUGACCCGCUCCGUCACGCGCGACCUCCAUCGCGACGUCACGUCCAAAGAGUUUAGCUACGGCUACCACAGGUGGGCCAUCACCUUUUCACGGGCCGGAAAGGUCCUCGGCGUCUACCUCGUCUGGCGCAAUCCCUCCGAGGGAAUGCGCGUGUACAUUGAUUUCUCGUUCACGUUACUCAACCGGGAGCAUUUUAGCGCUAAUGAGACGUUCAGUGGUCGGCAGAUCAAGUUCACGUUCGACUCGCCGGCGCAAGGCAACCGCCGCUACAUACCCGUCGACGAUUUGUACGAACGCAAUUUCACGGACGCCAACGGCGAGUUCCAGCUUGAACUGACCGUCGCCAACCCGCGGACACUUUACGAAACGGAUCUGAGGCUUCCGGUGGGCUCGCCCGGCUCGUCUUCAUCGUCAACGACAUCGUUGGCAACAGGCGGCAGUCAUCAGCGUUCCGCUUCGCCUCUGCCUUCGCACCAUCAACACCAUCAGCAUCACCACCAUCACCUCGGCGGAAGCACGGGCAAUCUGUCGACGUUGGUCCAGCAACAGAAUCACGUUUCUCAUCACAACAGUGGCCAUCAUGGCUCACUUCAUCUACACGGCCACCACCACAAUGCGACGCAGUUGCCGAAAACGACGAAAUUGGAGACGACAUAUUUUGCUUUUGGCGGAUUCGAUUGGAACUUGUCGGUCGUGAUGGAGCCUUACUCGGUGACUGCCGCCACAUCUGCAGCUGGUCUCACGCUCAACCUGGCCGCUCAACUGGCCGGCAAUCCAGAUCGAGACAGUCCGUCGCACAGAAACAGAAACUGCCAAUUAUUGGCCGGUGGCGUUGAUCCAGUUCCGGCUUCCAUAGCGGGGGUCUUGAGUGAUCACGUCGGCAACGGAACGCUGGCGCUCCGUCUGAGGCGAUUGACGGGCGUGGACCACCGCAGCCGCUCACGCUACUAUAUUUCAGUGGGCGAAGGCGACCGACGCCUCUCGUCCGGUUUGAUGGACGACGUUUCCGACGCCGAGGGGGCCGGCUCUGUCUGGUGUCCGAGGGUGCGCAUUCAGGACGUUGCACCCAAAGGAGUGCUCCGGCUCAUGGUGGAACUCGUGUCGGCCAACACGCUCAGCGAGACCAUCAUCACGCUGGCGCCCAACAACCAAACGGGCACGCCGGGCGGCAUUGGAGGCCUCUCGGCCGGCACUUGCUACGACCGCGACAAACAGGCUUGGUCUUUCGAGGCCGAUACCCAUUCGGAGAACGCCACUCUGAGAGUUCGCGUUGUCUAUCGCGACGUCCGCAACGUGCCACGCAAUCAUAUCAGGUACGUGAGCUGGCAGGCGGCCAUGUUACGACCCAACAAUAAAGUCAGCCAAUACGACGCCGUCCCGUUCUCCAGCCCGCACUACUCCAACUACUACGUCCAAGAGGAAGCUGAUGAUGGCGUCGUCAUGGAGUCUUCAGUGCCGGCCAAAGACUUGUUGAAGACGGCCAACGGCUACGUCAGCGACAAGCAGCAGCUUCGCGUCCAGGUGGAGUGGGACGAGACACUCUUGCUGUUCCAAGCGACUUACCACAAGUACGACGACGUCGGACGCAUCCACAACUACCAAAUGAGGAAGGAGAUAAGCGCCUUGCAAUCGGAAAAUUACAGCCUUGAAAGGCAAUUGUUCAGCUACCAGCGGAGUCUGGCGAUGGCCCAGGCGCGGAACGGCGUCCAGCCGCAAGGUCCAUCCGACGACAACACGCCUUCGUCGUCGGCCAACGGCGAGUACCCGCCGUCGCAUCGCGAACACUCGCAUCGGGAUUUCUUUGCGCGCCGCGACGAGUCAUCCGACACGGAAUACGCGUAAAUUCGCUCGUUGUCCUUUACUAUCAUUUCCGCUAUUGGUUUUCCUCCAUUUGCUUUCCUCCAUUUGCAUCAUUCGCCAUUCUUAAUAGUUUAAGUCUGACACCUAUACUGCUGCCCGGUGUGCUUGUACUUGCCACCGCAUGGUUCAUGUUGGGACUCAUUUUUCUCUUUUUUUCCAUCUUUGUCGAACUUCUUUCUCGUUUCGUUCUAUUUCAUUGAUGCGGCGUAAAACUCGUUUCCUCUUGUUUAAUCAUAUCAACGAAACGAGGAGUUAAAAAAGGAGGGGGGGACGGAAAGAAAAGUUCUAUUUAUGUAAAUGUGUGCGUGCUGCACAUGUCAAAGGGCACACGUUUCAACUUUUUUGAUGUCACUUUUAUUCUAUCGGGCAAAAAAAUAAUGCUAAUGACUUUCGUUUUCAUGACAAGAAGGAAAAAAAUGCGAUUUUUCUUUUCACGGUUUUUUUUACGCUAUGAUGAAAUUCAACUUUGAUCGUCGUUUCAAGUCUAUUCUAUCCUCUUUUCUAGUUCCUUAAUAACAUCACAAUCUUCUUUUUUUUUGUCUUAUAUUUCGUCAGGUUGUUAUUUUUGUUAUUUAUUUAUUCUUAUUGUUAUUCACCAUUCAUCUUCUUAGGUCCACGGCCUUUUCCGCUCUUUUUUACAUUUACAUUUUACAUAACAUGGAGAUAUAACGGCAAUGUAACAUUCUUCUCAUACAGGGGAGCAUCAUACGAUACCUAUGUGUUAAAUCCAACUACCAAAACAACUUUUUUUACUCUUCAUACACAUACACACACACACACACACAUACACAUACACAUUACAAAAAAAAAAAAAAACCAUGCGUCGUGCCGAUGCAGUUUAUUUCCACUCGUCCCGCGUGAAAGGCGAAAAACCAAUACUAUCUUUCGAUAUAAAUACAACAAACGUUUCAAUCUUU